AUGAGCAACUUCCAGGUAGUAUUGCCAGGUCACGUCCAUCCACCAAUGAGUCAAUGGGAUUUUUAUCCUCCCGCCUCUUCCGUCAUUGCCGAAGGUGUGUCCAUGGUGAUUGACAGACAGAGUGUGUAAAAUCCAUUUCCCAUGCUGUGCUUUGAAAUGCAGAACCGAGCCACCUCUCCCGAGGAAAAGGGAAGCAUUUUUACUCUAUACAUGCUCUUCUAUAACUCCGAAGAACCAGCGUUUGGAGAAGUAAACCAGUUAGGAGGUGUAUUUGUCAAUGGCAGACCACUGCCAAAUGCCAUUAGACUGCGGAUAGUCGAACUGGCUCAACUGGGGAUUCGACCCUGCGAUAUCAGUAGACAGCUCAGAGUUUCACACGGUUGUGUCAGUAAAAUUCUGGCUCGGUACAACGAGACCGGUUCCAUAUUGCCCGGUGCGAUCGGAGGCAGCAAACCCAGGGUGACGACCCCCACAGUGGUCAAACACAUUCGAGCUUACAAGCAGAGGGAUCCAGGGAUUUUUGCGUGGGAGAUCCGAGACAGACUCUUGGCUGAUGGAGUCUGCGAUAAAUACAACGUCCCUUCAGUGAGCUCCAUCAGCAGAAUCCUACGCAACAAGAUCGGAAACUUGUCGCAGCAGAGCAAUUACGAAUCGAGUAAAACUCCAGCGCACCCGUCUCCGCAAUCGGCUCUCCAGUACAAUGCGAUUUAUUCUUAUUCGAGUCCCAUAACAACGGCCGGAGGUAAAAUGCCAGCGUCGCCCGGUGUACCCGCAAUCCCAGGACACGUGGGAAUUCACAGGACCUGGCCUUCAUCACAUUCUGUCUCUGACAUCCUGGGGAUUAGAGCAAUCAUCGAGCAGCAAGGUGCUAUUCCCAUUAGUGACAGCUCUUCCUAUCCAACUAAAGUGGAGGAAUGGAACAGUAUAAACAGGAGCCACUUCCAGUCCUCAAACCAGGCUGCAGUGAAUGGACUGGACAAGUCCCCACUGGAGCAGGAAGUCAAAUAUACUCAGGGUCCUAAUGGUCUGCCUACAGUUAGCAGCUUUGUCUCUGUUCCAAGUAUGGCUCCUUAUCCUCCACCUGCACAAGUAUCUCCCUAUAUGACAUACAGUGCAGCUGCCUCCAGUUACAUGGCAACCCACGGCUGGCAACAUUCAGGUGGCAGCACACUACCAACUCAUAGUUGUGACCUUCCCACACCACUGCCAUUCAAAAGUAUUCAAGCAACCAGAGAAGGUAGCCAUUCCAUUAUAGCCUCCGCAUUGUAGUAGUUAAUUACAAUACAAAGCAGUUUAAUGCCAACAUAGCAUUAAAGAAAGUACUUUGAUCCAGGCAGGGUGAGAUGCACAUUUUAUGGAAAUUCAAAAACUUUGACUUUUUUUAAUUCAGAUCACUUUGAAUCUCCAUGAAAUACUAGCUCGAUCUCUCUCAUUUUAUCACUGGAACCCAGUCUUCUGCAGGACACAGAUAUUAACACAAUUGGCAUUUAAAGAACGUGAAGGUCAGGACUGAAGCCCAAAUUGAGUACAAGGAAAACUUAUUAUCACUAUAUGCCUGAGACAAUGAUUCGAAUCUUAAAAAGUGAGCAUUUUCAUUUGAGUAAGGAAACACAGUGUUCCGUCUUACUUUCUCUGAGAGGACAAUUUUUACAUUCAUUCACAGAAUAGCAUCACCUCUAGUUACAAAGUAAAUAUGAUUUGGAAAAUCCCAAAUUUAUGCAUAGCAAGGAAAUGUGAUGGCAAAUGUCAUUAAGUGCCAUGUUAAGGGAAGGUGGCAAUAUUAUUGGAAAUUGUAAUAAUAGAUUAAACGUAAAAUUUCAGAGCAACAGAUUUUCAAAACAUCAUGCUAUUAUAGGUACAAAUACAGUUGACUAACUAAUUUGAACUUGUCACAAGUAUCCCAGGUCAUUUAACAUUUUUAAUUUGUUGAUCCAGGCUCCAUUCGAAGGCUUUUUUAAAAAAAAAGCCUAUUUUAAAUACUUUGCAAAAAAUAUGCAGAUUAUUGUAAAAAUAUCCAAUGUAUCGAUUAUUCAUUCAGAUUAUUUUAUGAGAACAAUUCUAUAAUGUGCUGUGUUGUUUCUAAUAUUUGGAGGAAAACAGUAUCAAGAAUUAUGAAGAAAAUUUUCACGGACUUUUGCACCAAUACUUAUACUUCAAUUGAAAAUCUGAUCCCACGUGGUGUAUGCUUUGCAAAACUAAAAAUAAAUACAUGUGUUUAUGUAGAUAGCAUUACCUUCUGUUAAUGAAAUAACAUCUAAGUAAUUGGACCCACAGAACAAGGCAAAGCAUUGUAAUUUAAUUAAUUAGUAAGGUAAGAAUUGAUUGUAGGGAGAAUUAAUUAUGGAAUAGAGAUAUUCUUCUUUGUAAAUACAAAUAAAAUGGCAAAAUUUAUUUUUGUAUUAUUGUGUAAGACUCUUCGCCCUAACUGUUACUGUUAGGUUUCUGGAAAACAUAUUCAUCAAUGGCAGAAUGCCCAUACACUUGAAAAACUGGACUUUAUUUUAUUAUUUUAUGCACUUACAGUAGAAGGUUCAGCAUGUUUUACGAAGGACAUUUUCUUUCUUCAGCAGAGGACACAAAGUCAAACAGCCCUCCAAGUAAAUCUACAGGAUCCUAUGCAGGCUCACAGGGUCAAACACAGCUAGGGUAUAAAGUUAGCUAUUUGAAGAC